GCAGGGCAGCUGGAGCAAGCACUAUUUCUGCCUUGGUGGCGUGCCGGGAUGCAGCGCAGUGGAUGGAAGCUUUGCAAAUCUGCUUGGAUUUGGCCCAAGGCGCCCAAGCCCAAGGUGAGAAGGGCCUGUGGGAGAUGCCAAAUGCCCUUGGGCUGCUGUUGCUGGCCGCCUUUGAGCGUGGCUCACAGUGGCGUUGGGCACUGCUGUUUGCUGAAGGAAGCGAGAAGGCAGCAUGUACUGCUAUGAGCGCAUGUGUGCAUGGCUCCCAGUGGUCGCGUGCACUGCUGCUGCUUCAGAAGGUCCGACAAGGUCCUAUGGCACCAGAUGCAGUGACCCUUACCACAGCUAUGUCCGCUUGUGGACGUGGGCGGCACUGGCGCGGCGCCUUGCACAUUUUGGAGGAAAUACGACGUGGCAGCUGCGCUGAUGCCGUGGCGUUGAACACCGCCCUUGGUGCCUUAGCUGCGGCCCAGCGCUGGCAACUCGCUGCCCAGCUGUUUGCGAAUGAGAAGGUCCCGCAGCAGGGAGCUUUCCACGCCCUGCUGAGUGCAAUGGAAACGUCCGCUCUGUGGUGGCGAGCGCUCUCACUCUUCCAUGAGGCCACGAAAGCAGUGUCCUUUCCGUCCUUGGUGGCGCUGAACAGCGUGUGCAGCGCUUGUGAGAAGGCCAGUGAGUGGGAAAUGGCCUUGGCUCUCUUGAGAGGUCCGGAGCAUGAUGCCAUCAGCUGCAGCGCUGUGAGCUUGGCCUGCAGCCAGGCCUCGCGCUGGUCCUAUGCUCUCUGCCUGUCAGCACCUGAUGAUUUGCCCAGUCGCAGCAAGCUGGUGAGGAAGGCGGCGGACUCUGGUGCUUCAAUUUUUGUGCCAUUACAACAGAAUCUUCUCAUGACUGCAAGUCUGGCUGUUCUCAGCUCAUCAAUGGGAGCUCCUGCGGAGGAGCGCUUCCUUUCCAUCUCCCUGCUGCAGCUGGAGCCACCUUGGUGGCUGAGACGUGUAGGCAGCGCCAUGGACGUCAUCGAUGCGCGCAGCAGCGCUGAGCAGCAGCGUAGCAUCCUCAACGGCUUGCGAAAGCUGAAAUUCCACUGCCAGGGCCAGGUGGAGGUCUUCCCCUGCAUGAAGGAGGCCAACAAUGCUGCCAUUUGGCAGGCAUACUUCAAUUGCGUGCAAGACUCGGCAUGUGACGUCCUGGCCAAUGGGUACCCCAGGCCGUACGACCACAGCCCCAACGGUGCCAUGCUGGGAUCUGGGGUACUCAGUACGGAGCUCACGCAGUCGCAAACCUUGGGCGAGGGACAGUCGAAGUUGGCAUCAUGGCUAGAAGAGCAGCUGACUUUCGAGCGUCAAAGGCUGCUAGAGGACCUCGAAGCACGACAUAUGCAGAUGGUUUUUGAGCUCGACCAACGAAUCCACAAACCUCGGAACAGAGGUGAUAGCCCAGGGCCGAGCCGCGCGGGCACCGCUGGACGGGCCCGAACUCCCAAUUCUCGGCGAUUGCAGAAUGCACCCACCGCCAGCAGCAUCAACAGUCCGUCUGCCAGCCAACAGGUGUCCAGCCAGACUGUGGAAGCAGUUCUUCCACCCAGGGAGCCAAGCUUGCCGAAAGUAGAGAAUGUAGUGAGUAGACCCGGCAGUCCAGGGAGUCCCCUGUCAUCCAAGCCUCGGCCAAUGCUUCCGGCCCUGAUGAUUAGUGAUCCACCUGCUGCGCCAGCAGGACCGCAAGUAGAUGCAAUUCUGCCAAUGGAACUGCCAACUCAGCCAACCCUUACUGUGGAGGAGGCCGACGAAGGCGACAAGAAGCACAUGCAGUUGCCAGGCCAGGUGAAAGAUGAGGAUGAGGAUGCUGAAAGUUUCGCUCAGAUGCAGGUCACUCCCGUUGCAACGAACCGAUCCACUAGGUCUGGAGGGGACUUUGACACUGCCAGGCGCAGGAGUGCCCGUGCAGAGGAAAACGCCCGUGAAUCUCGAAAGUCCAUCAAAUUGCAAAAAGCUGCAAGUCUGAGGGGAAUGAGCUCCGACCAGUUGUAUACGCGACGAAGUGGUAUGGCGCCAACGCCAUCAGAAAGCAUCACUACACAAAAGAGACGAAACCAUGAUAAUUUCUUUGUGAAGAAGGACGACAUGGAGUUCAACACUUGUUUGGGCCGCACCUUGGUAUGGCCGGAUUGA